UUCUCGUUUAAUUCUAUAUAAAACUUUGCUAACAUUAGGUAAUCUUAUUUAAUUUCCCCGGUUACAUUUAUUAGUCAUUUGGAUAAUUUUAUCAGCAAUUCCGUCUUUCCUGGAUACACAUUGGCAUCGACAUGCAACUACGGCUCGAGGAAUUGUUCGUAGCUGUGAAUGGAACAACUUAUGAAAUAGAGAGGCAGACUGCGGAACAUGUUUCAAAUUCGAGUUGUUAGUACCGGAGAACAGACAUCCCUCUCUAAACAUACUCCGGAUCAGCAUAAAGCUGGAGAAGGUGCAGAGUUGAGCAACUUGAACCUGUGUAAAGCUAAGAGCUCAGAACAGAUGGAACAAAAAGAUUCUGAAGAAAGUGUGCAUGCUUCAGGCAAUGCAGUUGGAGUCCUCUCGGAUAAACAGUUAAGAGACGAUAUAAAAGAUGAAACUGGAAAAACCCAACAAGGAAAAGGCAAGACCAAGAUUAAGAAAGAUGUUAAUGUUCCUCGACGAGCUUCAAAGCGACUUGCUGGAGUUGCACUUGAUCCAACACCAGAACUAAAAGCUACUAGAGCUCGUGGAUCUUCGAUUAACCAAUCAAGUUUACCUGAUGGAGCGAAGAUUUCUUCCCCUGGUAACUGUAUCAAUAGGGUCUCCAAACAGCCCGACCUAUCAUGUUCUUCUUUGGAAACUAAUUGUGCCCUUGAUGCAUCUAAGAGUAAAGAACUGAUACGGGCAACAAGUAACAUGCUUUCUUCUGGGGACAUGCUAGCCAUGAAUGGUCAUGUCGGAAAUUUAGAAACAAAAACUAAUGUCGACAAAGAUAAUAGCGUUUUGCCUCUGGGAAAGCUUGAAAGUGAUGUAAAUGCUAGUGAUGUGCAAGUAUCCUAUAUUGAUAUGCCUCUUGCAGAUUUAUGGACUGAUCCAUGCAUUGCCUUUGCCAUUCAAACUCUUACCGGAAUUCCUUGUGAUACCCCAAAUAUCUCUGAGUCAAACAGUGGUAAAGUUCCCUUGAAUCCAAAAGCUCGAUCCGAGAGGGAAGAAAACGGAAACAGAAUUGUUGAAAGACAAGGAUGUGGUAUCAAUAUGCCUCCGACCGACCCAACUAUUUGGAAAGAAAAUGCCGGAAAGGUUGAAAAAGGCCACAAGAUCGAGACGCCCGGAUCAUCCCUCGAGAUGCCUUUGGCAGAUAUCUGGUCAGACCCGUGUAUUGAAUUUGCAAUAAAAACUCUAACAGGGGCAAUUCCAGUUGAGUACGGUCUGGACAAUCAGCUUGGUUUUGAGCAGCAGCCAAUCUCUGCCCCGCAUCAAUUUGUUAAUCACUUGACCUUGCCGGACGCGGGUAUGGAUAAAUUCUCGCAAGCCGAUUUCAUAUGCCAGCAAUAUGACGUCGCAGGUAAGUCUAGGUCUAAAGAACAUGGUAUUAGAAAUCCUAUAUGUAAUUACAGUCAUCAUCGUCGCAAUGGAGAGUGGCCAUGAACGCCGAAGGCUAUCAACUUCUAAGCUGUGUAUAUAGUUCAGGAAACUAGCCGGAAUUCAGGAAAAGACUAGUAACUUUUGUUGUAACCUUUUUUCA